GCCCGGUCUGCUGAGGAGGAGGAAGAUGGCGCCGUGAGGGGGGUCCGGACCGCUGCCGACUCCUUUCUACUAGGAAGAUGAGUUCAACAGCCAAUAAUACUGCUCUCCAGGACUUAAGGAUCUCAGAAAGUCAUGAUGGGAACUGAUUCCUCCAGUUAAAAAAUUCAGAGACAGUAUGGCCGCCACUGCUGCAGUUAGCCCCAGCGAAUACUUGCAGCCUGCUGCUUCAGCAGCUCAGGAUUCUCAGCCAUCUCCACUAGCCCUGCUUGCAGCCACAUGUAGCAAAAUUGGCCCUCCAGCUGUAGAAGCAGCGAUUACUUCUCCUGCACCUCCUCAGCCUGCCCCUCGGAAAUUGGUUCCUAUUAAGCCUGCUCCACUCCCACUAAGUUCUAACAAGAACAGCAUUGGAAUCUUAUCAUCAAAAGGAAACCUCUUCCAAAUUCAAGGUUCUCAACUAGGGACGUCGUAUCCUGGUGGACAGCUGGUAUUUACAAUCCAGAACCCAGCUGUAAUCAGCAAAGGAGCCCGCUCUCCUGCCAAUAUCCAGUAUCAGGCGGUACCACAGAUCCAAACAGCUUCAGGACAGACGAUUCAGGUGCAGCAAAAUUUGGGCAAUCAAAUACAGAUUAUUCCCAGCAAUAUCACCCCUUCCUCUUCUUCAUCGUCGUCCUCUUCUUCAACUCAUAAGCCUGUGCCAAUAAAGCCAGCUCCAGCUCAUAAGUCAUCAGCAGCCGCUCUCCACAACACAAGCAGUGUUGUCAAGUUAACCGGCACCAGCGGCAACGUCACGCUUACUCUUCCAGUGAGCAAUCUUGUGACUGCUGGGGAGACCAGUACUCAGACUCAAGUUGUGCCCGACAGCCCCUCUAAGCCAAGCAGAAAAGCCCGAAAGAAAAUGGUAUCGCAAGCUCAGACAACUGCAAUGGCUGUGACAGAGCAAGUGGAAACAGUCUUAAUAGAGACUACAGCUGACAACAUCAUCCAGGCAGGGAACAAUCUGUUGAUUGUACAGAGUCCUGGCUCUGGGCAGCCAGCUGUGGUCCAGCAGGUGCAAGUAGUUCAGCCCAAACAAGAGCAGCAAGUAGUUCAGAUACCGCAGCAAGCCCUGCGAGUAGUCCAGGCAGCCUCAGCCACACUCCCUACAGUUCCCCAAAAAUCCCAACAGAACUUCCAGAUCCAGACAACGGAGCCAGUUCCCACUCAGGUCUAUUUUAAGACGCCUUCUGGUGAGCUACAGACAGUACUACUACAAGAAGCCCCAGGCGUAACUGUGGCCCCUUCCCCCGCAGUCUCCUCAGCCACAACCUGCAGCAGUCCUGUACCCCGCAGUUCCCAGAUGGGGGGAAGUACCAAAAAGACAGGGGCUCGCAAAGAGCGUGCUCUGCCAAAGAUUGCUCCUGCUGGAGGCAUCAUCAGCCUCAAUGCGGCCCAGCUCGCUGCCGCUGCUCAGGCAAUGCAAACUAUCAGCAUCAAUGGUGUGCAAGUUCAAGGUGUUCCUGUUACCAUCACCAAUACUGGAGGCCAACAGCAGUUGACAGUGCAGAAUGUUUCAGGCAACAAUCUAACCAUCAGUGGCCUGAGCCCUACCCAAAUCCAGUUGCAAAUGGAACAAGCACUCUUGGGGGACCUGCAGCCUGGGGAGAAGAGACGGCGGAUGGCUUGCACCUGCCCUAAUUGCAAGGAUGGGGAGAAAAGGUUAGGGGAUCAAGGAAAGAAGAGGCACAUCUGCCAUGUGCCUGAAUGUGGAAAGACCUUCCGCAAGACUUCCCUUCUGCGGGCCCAUGUACGUCUACACACAGGCGAGAGGCCCUUUGUCUGCAACUGGGUCUUUUGUGGAAAGCGAUUCACACGCAGUGAUGAGCUGCAGCGGCAUGCCCGAACGCAUACAGGUGACAAACGUUUUGAGUGUGCCCAGUGCCAAAAGCGCUUCAUUAGGAGUGAUCAUCUGACAAAGCACUAUAAAACCCACUUGGUCACCAAGAACUUGUAGGGCUGGAUGCAACCAGGAAAAGUGAGGAAGCGGUAUGGGUGUUUUUCACCCCUCAUCAUGAGAGAUGGUCUCUGCGAAGGACAGAAAAAAUGCCCAAAUAAUCGUCCUGACUGUGUGACAGCUUUCCCAGCCACAUCUGCCCAAGGAAAAAAUGUUAUGGCCACUGCUCCUUCAAUCAGACUGCCUUCACACUGGCACACUCCUUGGAAAAUGCAUCAGACUUCAAGGCUUGAACCUGAGAUGAAGGAGGAGCAACACCAUCUCCAAAUAAGCUACAAUCAGCACAAGCCCAGUAGCAGACCUGGAAAAGGACGGGGGGAAAGCAAGGCAAAACCCGUUUACGCACCUUCCUCAGGAGUCUGCAGAGCCAGUGCCCUACUCUGCUGCACCAAAGGGCCUCCUUAUGGGUUUGAGAGUAGCACCAGCGAAACUGUACCCCACUUGUAAUUUUGGUUCCUCUUCCCACUCACUCCCAUGUGCUUGUGAAGCUUUUGAAUGAGGGGCAGGGAAACCAUCCAAAAUGGGACUUGGUCCCCUUAGCACAUUCCUACUUUAUAUUUAAAAAUAUAAAUAGCUAUAAAUAUAUAUCUAUAUAUUAAAAAAAAAAAACUCCUUAGGAAGCUCCAUGUUUUUUCUACGGAGAAUGUUGCCUUAUAUUUUUCCCCAGUUUCAAAUUAUGUAUUGUGAGCAUUUUUUUUAAUUUAAUAAUUUCUUUAUAAACAAAACAAUCCUUUGCCCUACCUAACAGUGCAGGCACAGCCUAAAAUCCCUAUCAAAAUGAGAGUUCUAUGAUCUGAUAGUGGUCUGUAAACUAGGUGUGCUCUGUGUACAUAACAGGGAUUUUUAGGGUGUGUGUAGUAGCAGCAGCACUUUGUUCAAGGAAGUGGAAGGUGUCCAUACAUGAAGAGGAGCUCCCAUGUGUAUGUACCAGAGCUGUGGGACUAGCCAUAUACUCUUAUGUAGGCAGUAAAAAGUGCAGGCAAAAAGCUAUAUAUGAGCCAUAUGGGAAGUCUAGGGCAAUCUGUAUGCAAUUCUGCAUUGCUUGGUCGUGUAGAUGAAUUGGAGUUACGGUCCAAUGCAGAUUUGCACUGUCAAGCUCUAUUAGAAGUCAUUAAUGAUUUGGGGGCUGAAAUGCAAGAACCCUUUUCAAAAAUGGAAUAUUCUCAGCCUUUCCCCAUUUUUUUUUUGUUUUGUUUACUCCACUGGAUUCUCCUCCCCCCCCCUUUUUUUUUUUUACACAUCUGAUACAGCUCCUUUCGUGUAUUAUAGUGUAUAUUGUAUCAUAGACUAUAUAUUGCGUUUAAGUGUUUCUUAUUUGUUUCAAAAAUAUACCAUUUGUUAUUUUUGAGCUUUUAAAUUAAAACAAAAAUCCACUUUAUUUUUUAGUUGUAACUGCUUGAAGUAUGUUUCUUUAAAUGGCAAAUCAUUCUGGUUUUUAAUUAAUGCUGUAACUUAGCUGAGCUACAUGUAGCUUGCCUACAAGGGGAUGGUAGGUUGGGGGAGAACCAUCCAUUUCUUAAUGAAUUGAAUUGUUAGAAUGUCACACCCAGCCAUAAUUUGGGAACAAAGGAUUAUUUUUCUUAAGAGGAGAGAAUGGAAAAAUGGGUUGUUUAGGUGGCUUGUUGACAAUAAAGAUGUAACAGAGAAGUAUUUUUACUCCUUAAAGACUGCCCAAAGGCAUUUUCAUGCUCAGAUUGUUUUGUGAUGCAAAUAUAAAAAGUUGGUCAGAA